AUGCAGGCAAUUUGUCUUCGCAACGCCAGUCUUUUGACCUCAAAAGCCUUCUCUCCAUCCAAUCGCCCCGAGCAGUGUUGGCGUGCCUACCGCUGCCUUCCUCGUCCCGCCAAACGCCAGGCGGGUGCGGGAUCGUUCGGAAACAACACAUACCUUAAAUAUCCGACGCCCCUCCCAACUUCGAGCACUGGCAUACUGUCAUCCUCGCCGCCAGGCGCUGCCAGGAGCUCGCGUCCCACCGCACUGACUCGUUCCCUGUCCUCCGUCUCGGAACGGGCCCCGCUCUCCGCAGUACCUUCUAUUGUGCUCAGUGGUAAUGGCGAGACCCUUCUCAUGGGCCGCUCAAGCAACUCGUCUAACUACCAGUUGUCGGCAAAUCGCCUUAUUUCCCGGGUUCAUGUCAAAGCGAGGUAUAUCCCGGCAUCCUCUCCGCUCGAACCUAACAAGAUCGAGAUUCUUUGCAACGGAUGGAACGGCCUGAAGCUGCACUGCCAAGGCCGCACUUACGAGCUUUGGAAGGGUGACUCGUUCACUUCGGAAACGGAGGGUACGGAAAUUAUGCUAGACGUGCAGGAUGCGCGUGUGAUGAUUCAAUGGCCUAAGAGGGACACGCCUUCAAAUCUUUCCGACUCUUCGUGGGACGACUCGCCGCGCUCGCGUGCUGUGCCUAACGGCCUUCUACAGUCAAGUCCAUUGCGGCGCUUGACUCGUAUAGAGUCACCGGUGUCUCCCACUCCAGCUACCAACCUCUCCAGCUCCAAGCGGCUGCAGAUGCUACUCCCGAAUGAUAAGGAGAGCGACAGCAGUGUAGAGAUCUACGUGGACCCAAGCGGCGAUGAGAGCGAGGCCGCCGUCCAGCAGUCCAUUGAAGAUGUUCAGGAUCCUAACGCGAGCCACUCGACAGACAUGACGCAAUCAUUCUCGUCUGACCUGAGCGAGCCCGAUGACGAUGAUGAUGAGAAUGACCCCGACGAGGAGAAUGACCCGGUCGUGCAUUCCUUUGGCCCGUUCGGUGCCAACCUUUCCAACCGACUGGCCUCCAUCACAGCGUCCUCUCCCAAGGUCAACAAGUCCCCCAAGCGCCCGAGGCUUCCAACACUGGCAGAACAGCGUGACUCGCUGCCUAGGAGUCCCGGCGCCGUUUCUCAAGAGGAACGAUCAGCGACGCUUUCGGCCGAAGUUGAGGAAUACUCGAACCCCGUCGUUUCGAACCACGUCGUCAACCAGCUCGCUUACUCGACCGUUACCAAGGCACAGUUGCAGAAGCUAAUCGAGACCACUAUCUGCAUUGGUAUUAUUGAGCGACAAGGCAAGGAUGCGGCAGGAAAGCCCCUAGAGAGCGAGUACUACUACAUUCCUGAGCAUGAUACGGAUGACCAAAGGCGUGCUGCCGUUGUGGAUGGGCUCAGGAAGCCCAGUCUACGCGCCUGCAGAAAGCAACACAAGCAAUAUUACUGGAAGCGCCCCAAGACACCUUGA